AUGGCGACCGGAAACCCCGACUUGGAUGCCCAACUGCAACAGCUCGACGCCGAGCUCGAAGAAGGCGACAUCACACGAAAGGGCUACGAGAAGCGGCGCACACUGAUCCUGUCCCAAUAUUUGUCCCCACAGGAUGCCGCUGACAGCGACCACCCCGCCGCCUCGAGUAGCAACGAUGGCUCCCGCGCUGCGAGCCUGGCUGCGUUGCAAGGCAAUUCGAGAGGUAGCACUCCUGCAGAGUCACGACAGAUGACUUUCGCUACGGCACGGACAAGCUAUGAGGAUGCGUACAGUAGCAACAACGGUAGCACGAAGCCAUCGAUGGUGGAUAGAUUUCAAGAUCGCGAGAUGGGCACAACCUCUAUGCGGAACAUGUCCAUGACCAACAGCCGCUCCAGCAUGCUCAUGCCCGAUCCACAGACACAAGACAGUUCACGGACGCACACCCUUAUGAGCCAGAACUAUGCUUUCAAUCCAGAUCAGCAGCAGAGCUACCAAAGCAACGGCGGUGGUGGCACAGACACACGAAACUCAACCAUGCUGGGCGAUUCUGCCCAAGGCUAUUUUUCCGAUUUUGCUGGCCAGCAGCGCAUAGACGAUACCCCGCAAGAGGCCUAUGGCGGCGGCGCCGUGCAUCGGUAUUCGCAGUCCGAGAUCACCAGUCCUACAACGCAAGUUGCGCCCCCAUUCCUGUCUCCAGGCUGCGUAUUGGUUCUGGACCAAAAGGGCAAGGAGAUCGUGAGCAUCACGUGGGAGAAGCUGGCAAGUCGGGCAGAGAAAGUGGCGCAGGUCGUGCGAGACAAAAGCAGCCUGUACAAGGGAGACAGGGUUGCCCUGAUCUACACCGAGAGCGAGGUCAUCGAGUUUGCGGUCGCCUUAAUGGGAUGCUUCAUCGCGGGUGUCGUAGCAGUCCCGAUCAACGAUCUGAAGAACUAUGCACGGCUGAAUGUGGUCUUGACGAGCACGCAAGCACAUCUGGCGCUGACGACCGAGGCAAACCUCAAGAAUUUCCAAAGGGACAUCACAGCGGCGAAGCUGAGCUGGCCUCGAGGCGUCGAAUGGUGGAAGACGAACGAGUUUGGCAGCUACCAUCCCAAGAAGAAGAACGAGGAGCCUGCUCUAGUCGUGCCAGAUCUGGCCUAUAUCGAGUUCUCGACCGCUCCAACGGGCGACCUGAGGGGCGUGGUCAUGAGCCACAAGACGAUAAUGCACCAGAUGGCUACUCUCAGCGCGAUGAUCACAUCCGCGACCAGCAAUACGAAAGGAGACACAUUCAACCCAGCUCUCCGCGACAAAGCAGGCCACCUUGUCACUGGCAGACGCAAUGGCGAGAUUAUGCUCUCGUACCUCGAUCCCCGACAGAGCAUCGGCAUGAUCUUGGGCGUGCUCAUGAACGUCUACGGCGGCCAUACGUGCAUCUACUUUGACCAAAAGGCAAUCGAAACGCCCGGGCUUUACGCAAAUCUGAUUACUCGAUACCGCUCUACUUUGAUGGUUGCAGACUAUCCUGGCCUCAAGCGUGCUGCGUACAAUUAUCAAGCUGACCCUUUGACAACGCGAAAUUUCAAAAAGAACUUCGAGCCCAACUUCAGCAGUGUCAAACUGUGCUUGAUCGACACUCUCACCGUGGAUCCGGAGUUUCACGAGCUAGUUGCAGAUCGCUGGCUCAAGCCACUCCGCAACCCGCGGGCGCGAGAAGUCGUUGCCCCGAUGUUAUGUUUGCCCGAACACGGCGGCAUGGUCAUCAGCAUGCGCGACUGGCUUGGCGGAGAGGAGCGAAUGGGUUGUGAACUCCUGCAUGAGAUGGACCAUGACCAGCAGGACAAUGACGACAAAGAAGGCGAGAAGACCCUGACGAGCAAGAGUGGAAGCGCCUUCGGUAGCAGCUUACUUGGUGGCUCCAACAAGAAGCCUGCAGCCCAGCGAGAACGGAACACGGAGGAGCUGGGCGAGGUUCUCCUGGACAAAGAAGCACUCAAGACAAAUGACAUCCAUAUCCUGGCCAUGGGCUCGGAAGCUAGGUCUAAAGCCGCCUCUUUUCCGAACGCCGUGCGCUGUGGCGCUUUUGGCUAUCCCAUCCCAGAUGCCACUCUUGCCGUCGUCGAUCCAGAAUCUGGCCUGCUCUGCGGCCGCAACACGAUCGGUGAGAUCUGGGUCGACUCGCCGUCCCUUUCUGGCGGCUUCUGGGCGUUGCCAAGGCACACCGAGACAAUCUUCCAUGCUCGUCCGUUCUUAUUUGCGGAGGGGAAUCCUACGCCAACAGCUCUCGAUCUCGAAUUUCUUCGCACCGGACUGCUGGGAUGCGUUAUCGAAGGUAAAGUCUACGUCCUUGGCCUCUACGAAGAUCGCCUGAGGCAGCGCGUCGAAUGGGUCGAGCACGGCUUGCAGGUCCAAGAACAUCGUUACUUCUUUGUGCAGCAUCUUGUGAUCAGCAUCAUGAAGAGCGUGCCUAAAAUCCACGACUGCUCAGCAUUCGACUGCUUCGUCAACGAAGAGCAUCUUCCUAUUGUUCUGCUCGAAACCAACAAUGCAUCAACAGCACCGCUGACCAGUGGCGGGCCACCACAACAAUUAGAUAUACCACUUUUGGAUAGCCUGGCCGAACGAACAAUGGAGGUGCUCUAUCAAGAACACCACUUGAGAGUGUACUGCGUCAUGGUCACUGCUCCUGGAGUGCUACCUCGCGUCACAAAGAAUGGCCGUCGGGAGAUAGGAAACAUGCUCUGCCGCAAAGAGUUUGACAAUGGCUCGCUUCCUGCAGUCCAUGUCAAAUUCGGCGUCGAACGGGCUGUACAGAAUUUGCCUUUUGGCGAAGAUCCUGUUGGCGGCGUAUGGUCCCCUUCCGCCAGCGCUGCCCGUGCCGAGCUUCUCUACGACCAGGAGACGCAAUGGUCUGGCGUCGACCACCGCGAAGUCGUCAUAGACGAUCGCACAUCGACGUCCUUGAGCAACUUUAGCAACAUUUUCGACCUAAUGCAAUGGCGUGUAGCACGGCAAGCCGACGAGCUGGCCUACGUCACGAUCGACGGUCGUGGGAAGGAAGGCAAGGCUCUUCCUUGGAAAAAAUUCGAUCUGAGGGUGGCCAGCGUCGCCGUAUACCUAAAGAACAAAGUCAAGCUCAAGCCUGCGGAUCAUGUCAUCCUGAUGUACACGCACUCGGAAGAGUACGUCUUCGCAAUCUACGCAUGCAUGGCGUUGGGCGUGAUAGCCAUUCCAUGUGCGCCACUGGAUGCAAAUCGUCUGUCCGAAGACGCGCCUGCGUUCCUGCAUAUCGUAGCGGACAUGAGGGUCAAAGCUGUGCUCGUGAACAACGAUGUUGACCAGUUGUUUAAGCAGAAGCUGGUAUCUCAGCACUUGAAGCAGUCGGCGCAAUACAUGAAAAGCCACAUCCCACAUGUUUACAACACGAACAAACCCUCGAAACAGCAUCACGGCUGCCGAGACCUUGGUCUAACAAUCAACAAGGCGUGGGUAACGCCCAACAACCCUGUCAUAAUCUGGACAUACUGGACACCGGACCAACGACGAAUGUCGAUUCAGCUCGGGCAUGAUACACUACUCGGGAUGUGCAAACACCAUUGGAAUUGGCUUCAUACACACAUGUCUUAUGGGCGUCUACAAUGGCUCGCGACAUACCUUAUGUCGCCCCUCGACUUUGCGCAAAACCCGAUCUCCCUCUUCCUCGCCCUCUCGCGCUACAAAGUAAAAGACACCUACGCCACCUCGCAAAUGCUGGACUUUGCAAUGGGUCACGUUGCCGGCAAAGGCUUCUCCCUCCACGAGGUAAAGAACCUCAUGAUCUCCUCCGAAGCCCGGCCUAGAAAAGACCUCUAUCCCAAAGUCCGUGCCCACUUCCAACAGUCCGGCCUCGAACGCACCGCCAUCAACACCAUAUACUCCCACGUCCUCAACCCUAUGGUCUCCAGCAGGUCAUACAUGUCCAUCGAGCCGAUCGAACUCUUUCUAGACCAGCGCGCGCUACGCCGAGGAAUGAUCUACCCAACCGACCCGGACUCGGACCCUAACGCCCUGUGCGUCCAGGACAGCGGCAUGGUUCCGGUGUCAACCCGCAUCGCCAUCGUGAACCCAGAAACGAACCAGCUCUGCCACGUAGGCGAAUACGGUGAGAUCUGGGUGCAGUCGGAAGCAUGUGCGAAGUCCUUCUAUAUGUCGAAACAACCCUUUGACGAAGAGCGCUUCAACGGACGCAUCCUCGGCGGCGAUCUGAACGCCCCAGCAUACGUCCGCACAGGCGAUCUGGGCUUCUUACACAACGUAACCCGACCGAUUGGCCCAGGCAAUCAGCCCGUGGAAAUGCAGAUCCUGUUCGUCUUGGGUGGAAUUGGAGAGACGUUCGAGGUCAACGGCCUGAGCCACUUCCCCAUAGACAUCGAGAACAGCAUCGAGAAAGCUCACCGGAAUAUCACGCCUGGGGGCUCUGCUGUAUUUCAGGCUGGAGGCUAUAUCAUCGUCGUGGUCGAGGUGUUCCGCAAAGCCUACCUCGCGAGCUUGGUGCCUGUGAUUGUCAAUGCGGUGCUGAAUGAGCACCAAAUAGUGGUUGACAUGGUCAGCUUUGUCGGAUCAGGCGACUUUCCGCGCAGUCGGCUGUCAGAGAAGCAGCGCGGGAAGAUCCUUUCCAACUGGGUUACCAAGAAGCUGAGGACUAUCGCGCAAUUCACAAUUCGAGACCACGACGUACAAGGCCAGUUCACGCAGCACUCGUCACAACACACGCGUAAGACCAGUACGGGCAUGCACUCGCUGAACAAGACAUGGAGCAAUCAAGAUUCCCAGAAUCCUUCGCCAAGCCCGGGCCUACAGCAACAGCACGCCCGCCGCCCCUCCCAGUCCCAGCGUGACGAUGUCAGCCGCAGCAGCAUCGUUCCAGAGAUCCCUCUCUCCCUGCCUCAGAACAAUUGGCAGAUGGAUAUGGACGGCGGAGUCAUGUUUGAAAAGAGCGCAGAGGGCGAUACACCGGACACGCCUUCUGUAGCGGUGAACAACCGCUUCGUUGACAUGGGUCCGCCCGAAGGAUACGCUGAGAUGUCAGCUGAGAACUCACCGCACGAGAACCGUGGGCCUCCGAAUCCCAGCGAUGCAUUCGGCGGGCGCGGCAGACAAGGCGUACCAAUAACAGGCGAUGGCACAGCGAAUCCGUACCUCACAGACGAGAAAUUUGCUUAUGGCAACGACGACAGUGAAUACUUCGAUCCCGAAAAGCCAUUCGGGCGGUCUCCCAAUCGGUCCACAGAAGACUUCUUUGAUGACGCGGGACAGUGGAACGACGAUUUCGCCACGCCUCUCGCAGACCCAGCUAACGGUCCUCCUCGACUCUCGCUUGUAAAUCCAUCUAACUUCUCGAAUGACGAUGAAUCUACGCCCGAGAACACACCCACCACCUACACCGCCACACCGACUUCCGCAGCCGCAAAUCGCUUAGCGCAGUCCGAUACGCAGCAAACCGUGCUAGGCACAAGGGCUGAAUCACCAUACGGUGAUGUGGGAAAUCCGUUCGGAAGUACGAGUGUUGGCGGCGUGCCCAGCCAUUUCGAUGUUGGUAGUCCGACUUCUGCAACCGGUGGUACGUCCAGGUUCAGCCAUAUGCUGCCAAGUCAAGCCGCUCGUUUCGGCGGCGCUGCCUCCAGGGGCGACUCAGGUGAUGACUAUGGCACCUACACCAGUCCGAGACAAGGUUGGAGUGCUGCAAGUGAGAUGCCCUCUGGCGACGAAACACUCCGGCCAAGAGGACUUGUCGUGCGGAAUGUCUCGUCUGAGGCCACCGUAGGGCUUCCAUCCUCGCAGUCGCAGCCUGGCGGGCUGAAGACUCAGGCUCAGGGACAGCAUAGACGGAACGUCAGCGAUGGCGGUCAGAGCAUUUCCGGCGCAAGCACGACGGGCGGUCCCGGGAGUAGCGUAGCGGGGAGUGUGAGGCGCAGGUAUGAUGGAAGUGGUUAUGAUGGAUAUGAGUACUGA